UCCAUUUUUGGGCUCUCAGCCAGCUCGCAGCGUCCGGCCAGCUCUGAGAGUGACUUUGGGUUUCCAGGUCGUCGGAUCGGAUUGCUUAGAGUUCUUCUGAGUCAGCUCCUCUACAAACAACAGAGCACUGUUUGGAGUUGUUUCCUGCCGAGGACCAGCACGACUCCCACCAUCCUUCUCAGCCUCUGAUGCUCGUUUCUAAAGCCGAUGACCACUGACACCCCAGAGCUGAUGAGCUGAGCUAGCUGCCCAAGGAUGCCUUGGUCAAGCCUCCAAUGUGGAAGGUGGGGCCUAACUUCACAAUUUACAGCUGUGUGGAAACAGACUGGGAUCAAGGAGUUUGCAGCCAACCUCAGGAGCUCUCACCCUUGCUCAUGCUGGUGCCGACCUCCAGCCAGCAGAUGCUGAUACUAUGUAUCUGAAGGGACUGAGACUUUGGUUCCUGAAACUUUGCCAAGCACCCUGGCUCAUUCAAUGCAAAUGUUCUUUCUACCUUUGGAAAUUUGAAAAGAAAAGAAAAAGAUCUACCAAAUAGUUUGCAGCCUGGGGUUAUCUUUUGUUAAUCCCUAGGCAAGCAGGUCUUGUUUUAACUUUUCAAGAAAGAGGGAAAUACCAAAGUGAUGUCAGUCAGUGGGUUCCUGUUCCUGGUUCUCUGACUCCAAUUCCCACCCCUUGUCUAUGACCUCUCUUCACUAGGACCCCUGAGGGAUUGCAAGAGAGUCAGUCCUGGAUUAGGAGACAGACAACCUCACUUGCUCUUCAUGGACAACAGAUGUAUAGAGUGGAAACCACACAGCCUCCAAAGGCAGAACACAUACAGAAGUGGGUCUGAAUUCCUACUCCACCUUGAGCCGUUUGAGUAACAUCUAGGUUGAGGUGUCAGGGAGUUAAAGGACAGGGACUCUGGACCCAGACUGGGGACAAGACCAGCUGCCCCACCAACUUGCCAGGAACAAGAAGGGGAAGUUGUUAUUUUCUGGGAUCUGGUUACAGCAGAAGAAGCAUCGGCUCCAAGGCUGCUCUGGGGGGUAACUGGAAAUUGGAAGACCCAACGACAGCUCAACACUCUGGAUUUGGGGUCUUCUCUCCAUGGGUGCAGCACCCAUGCUUGGCUUGUGAGCUUUAUCGCAGGAGAGCAGCCAUGGCAUUGAGGAAUGUGCCCUUUCGCUCAGAGGUCCUGACCUGGGACACCGACAACCUUGCGGACUAUUUCAGAAAGCUGAACUACAAGGACUGUGAAAAAGCAGUGAAGAAGCACCACAUUGAUGGGCCACGGUUUUUGAACCUAACAGAAAAUGACAUACAGAAGUUCCCUAAACUGCGGAUGCCGCUUCUCAGUAAGUUAAGUCAAGACAUCAACAAGAAUGAAGAGAGGAGGAGCAUUUUUGCACGCAAACCCCAAGUGCAGCGGUUUCCUGAAGAUAGAGAAAGCCAUGAAGAGGACAACGGGGGAUGGUCUUCCUUCGAGGAAGAUGACUAUGAAAGUCCCAACGAGGAUCAGGAGGAGGGUGACGGUGAUUAUGAGUCUCCCAAUGAAGACGAGGUGGUGCCGCCUGUGGAGGAUGAUGCCGACUAUGAGCCACCACCCUCCAACGAUGAGGAAGCACUGCAGAACUCCAUCCUGCCUGCCAAGCCUUUCCCCAACUCCAUGUACAUUGACCGGCCCCACUCCGGGAAAUCCCAGCAGCAGCCUCCUGUGCCCCCCCAGAGACCCAUUCCAGGCCUCCCUCCUCCCACAGCUGCCCGGAAUCACUUGCCACCACCCCCACUCCAAUCCAACCACGAAGAGCCUAGCAGAAGCAGAAACCAAAAACCAGCAAAGAUCCCUGCUCCUUCCAUAGACAGAAGCACGAAACCUCCCCUGGAUCGAUCAUUAGCUCCAUUUGACAGAGAGCCCUUCGCACCAGUAAAGAGACCUCCGUUUUCUGACAAGCCCUCCACCCCUGCGGGAAGGCCUCUUGGGGAGCACUUACCCAAGAUACAGAAGCCUCCUUUGCCACCAACCACAGAAAGACAUGAAAGAAGCACUCUCCCAGGAAUAGGGAAGAAGCAACCUAUGCCAAGGCCCGGAUGGGGACCAGACAGAAGAGAGAAUGAUGAAGAUGAUGUGCAUCAAAGACCUUUGCCCCCACCAGCCCUGCCCUCGGUGAGCUCCAACACUUUCUCUUCAAGACCUACCAAACAAACUUCCAAGUACUCCCUCCCGGCACCUCACGUCCCUGGAGGGUUCUCAGACAGUAACAGUGGUUUUCUACAGAGUGCCUCCCUGCCACCAUACUUCCCUCAAGGCUCGAGCAGCAGAAUGCAGCCUAGAGUUGAUAACAGGAACUUCUCCUUGCCAGUUCCAGGCAAACAUCGGCCACCAUCUCCUGAGGAAGAAGAGAAUCCAUUAAAUGAAGAGUGGUACGUUUCUUAUAUUACCCGACCAGAGGCAGAAGCUGCUCUUAGGAAGAUAAACCAGGAUGGCACAUUUCUGGUCAGAGACAGCUCUAAAAAAACAAUAACAAAUCCGUAUGUCCUCAUGGUAUUGUACAAAGACAAAGUUUACAACAUCCAGAUCCGUUAUCAAGAGGAAAGCCAAGUUUACCUGUUGGGAACAGGACUCCGCGGGAAAGAGGACUUUUUGUCUGUCUCAGAUAUUAUUGACUACUUCAAGAAAAUGCCACUUCUGCUCAUUGAUGGGAAAAACCGAGGUUCCAGAUACCAGUGCACGUUAACGUACUCUGCGGGCUGUCCCUAGCAAGUCAGCCAAGUGCACCAACCUUCCUCCUGCCUCUGUUAACAGCAUGGGAAGAUUAAGCAGCCCUGGUGAAGGAACAAACACUUAGAACUGAAUCAAACACCUCAAUUUUAACGCAAGUUUUUGCCCUUUCAUUUAAAAAGCAAAGUGUUUGAAAUGAAGUCUGUCAAUAUCCCAUAAUUUAUUUAUUCUUCUUCAGUGUCUGUAAAAUGCAUGAGUAGUGAUGUUCACACUUGAAAUCUAGUUGUGCACUGUAAUAAUUCAUUUUAAAAAAUGUUUGUUUUGAAUACCCAUUUCAAAGUACAGUGAUUUAAACAAUUAUGGAAAUAAUUUGGAGCAAGUUAAAAAACAUUGAAACAAUAAUCGUUUUUGGUUCCACAUGAAACUGAUUUUUGUGUAGCCAAAGCUUUGUCAGAAACAAUCAUCAGUUUUAUAUAUGUAAUUUAAAAAUUACUAAAAAUUCACAUUUUUAGUAAUUUAAGAGGUUUCACAGUUAUUUCAUUAUUUUUUAUUUGGCAGUGUUUGCUGGGGGGGAUUUUUGUGUACUUUUUUAUGGAAAGAUGAGUGUUUGGAUAACUUCCUGAGAUUAAAAUUAAUUUACCUUUUGCUUUACU